GGGUAACCUCGGUCGUGACAAGGUGUGAGUGUGGGCUGAGGGGGGACUUGUGUUUUGUGAUUAUUGGUACUAUUUGAUACUUUCUAUGCUGUAUACCGUGCCCUGCAUUUAUGUCGAACACGCCAGUGAUUUUUGUACACUGUACAGCAGGAAAUAAAGCAGCCAAAGACGGAGACUGGUGUGUGUUUACUCCGGCAGGACUUGAAGGUUCAUUGUGUCCGGCUUAUUCCCUCAUGCCCAUGUUCAUGCCCUAUAAUUCACGUCCUGAGGAAUAUUCGUCAGCUCCUGUAGCCGGGGUGAGUGGCAAAGUAGCUGUCCAUGCCUCAGAGUUGUUGUGCCGUUGGCUGUGCCAAUAGAAAGAUUGGAGAUAAGAAAGAUUUGCCGUGUUACAACAUUUCGAAGGGGAAAACGCCGAUAGAAAAAGAAGACGCGAAGCAUGGAUCAAGGCCAUUCGCAGAGAAGAUUGGAAAACGUGUUUGUGUCAGCUUUUUCAGCGACAGGAGGCCUUGGACGGGCGACAGAGAAGACCGGCAUCCGCAGAGGAAAUGCCGCAGAAGGCGUGGAGGGUGGGGGACCCGGAAGUAAAGAUGACAACAUAGAUGAAUGCGAAAACAUGUACUCUCUUCUGCCUCUCUACAAGUUUACGCAUCUUCCAGGGAUAACGAAAUAGGAAUUACUAAACGAAUCAAAGUACACCCCCCUCAAGAGAUGGAUUCUACGCAGAAAGCCAGCGGUGAACAUCAGAUGCCUCUCGGUUGCGCAGACGGCCACGGCACAGCCCGAGCAGAGACCCUGGAGCCGGACAGGGAGCCAGCGCCGAGCGAACGAGACGAGCCGCAGAUAACGUCACUGCCGUCCUUUGGAUAUCUCAACACCACAGCAUGGGGCACCAUCGAGGACGACAUACAUUUAGACGAGCACAUUGUGGUGUUCGACGAUGCCGUCCAGGUCCUUCCCUCCGCCGGCGCCGAAGUAGUCUACUACUGGGAUAGUAAUCCAACGGGGGUUAGGGAUCCGAACACUGGUCUUGAAUUUUGAUAUUUCAUUACGUCUAGUGACCUCUCCGUACAUGUCAAUGGAAGCAGACUUUGGUUACCAUAUAUGUAUCAUAUAGCCCUGCCUCUUACAUCUCGCCAGCCCUUUAAGCAAAUACUUAAUCUUUGUCUUGAUGGUCUCUUUAAGUCAUUAAAAGUUAAACCA